GCCACCAAAACAUAUAUAAACAUUCAUUAGUACCAAACAAGGAACUGUUCUGUUUUCAGCCACCGCUUAUAUAUACAGCCCCCUUGAACUGCCAGACAAGACCGCCCAUUGAUUCUGUGCAUGUGAUGUGUGUAUGUGCAUAUGCAAACAGCAUCUAAAACACCCCACAGCUGCCAACAGCUUCUUUCCUGCUGGCUUUCGCUCUUUCCUUUGCCACCUCAUCUCACCUGACCAGACUUCUCAUAUCAGUCAUUAUCCUGCUUACUGUCUCACUCCUCAGCUCGUUUGUCAUCUCACCUCUCUUCUUGCUUCUUUACAUAGCUUAUCACCUCGCUCAUCGUGGAGCUCUUGCUGCAUAACAUCACAUAGCCCUGAAAGUUCAUCAUUGAUUGCUUCAUUCAUUAUGGCUGGGGGGUGGUCGGCUUCCAAGGUCGAUAGGGUGAGAAAUGCUAUGAUUCCGCAGACGCUUAGAUGCUGUGGCUGCAAUAAAUCUCGUCCUCUUGUUGCAUUUUCAAAUGCCCAGAUUACUCGUCUCAAGGGACAGGUUUCUUCCAAGGGCCGGAGCGCUAUCGAUACCUAUCCUCUUCGAUGCCGGCAGUGCACUGGAGGCGAACCGCCUGUUGAGAUUACUUGUGUUCGGUGUACUAUGCGCAAACCCAUCAGCGAUUUCUCCAAAAAACAGCGCCGCAAUAUCGACACUGCCAUGUGCGUCAACUGUGUCUCGGAUGGCCUGUUGUCGACCCCCUACGAAAGUAAUGAGUUGAGAGAUAGGGGUGAGGACCUCUAUGCAUUCAACUCUCACGAGGAUGAUGAAUCUGUCAUAACCGAGAGCGUUGCUGGUGGAGUGGCUCUCGGCCAAUUCGAGGAAAAGGGUUGCGGUACCGAGGUAGCAAGCCGGUUCUCACGCCCAUCACACCCAAGCAGCGAUGAUGACGAGGAUGACUCUGUUAAGGGCGGUUUGUUUGUUGAAGACGUCCGCUCCUUACAAGAGACCUCCUCUACUGUUCAUGCGGAAGGCCAAGUUAGUACUGCCAUGGGACGCAGGGCUGGCAAUGACGAAUACGCUUGGCAGUUGAACCAGAAAAAGCCCGGCCAACUGCCAAAUACAAAGUCACAUAAAUGGGCCAAAAUAAAGGCUCAUGACCCCUUCCGCAGCGCGAAAGAAAUGCAAAUGCAUGAGCGCAGAAGCCCCGAGAUGGAUGACACUCGUAGUGGGUUUGGUGGUUCCGUUGCUCAGUCUAGCAGCUUUUUCUAGCUGGGUAGCAAGAAGGGGUAGAUGUGUUUUGUCUUGCUUUCAUGGCGCAUCUGACACAUGAUGGGUGGGUGGAUAGCUGUUGUUGUUAGCACGCGUUGCCAAAAUGGCAAUGAAUAUCCAUAGAUUUCCUUCGGACUGCAGGAUAAUACAGGCUACUACCCCGUAAUAGUUGCGCUGGGUUCCAGAGUAGGAUCAACCACGAUCUACAUGGACUAUUGAAAACAUCUUUCGAGCAGAGCAAUAACCGGCAAUAAGCGGAUGCCAAUCAUGAUGACAUCGAACACAUCAAUUGACUAAUCAAAAGCAGCCAUAAUUAUAAUAACAAUAUUGUUGCGGUUGUGGUUGUUCGAAUUAAUA